AUGGCGGACGAGGCCGAGCUCGCCUUCCUCGCAGCGCAGCAGGAUGAGUACGACCCUUCAGCCGGCUACACGAUGAAUGAGGCGUCGACUGGCCAGGACGAAUACGACCCCACAACAACAUACUCGCCGCACUCGUAUCAGUCGGCUUCGAUGCAGCCUGAAUCUGGCGCCAACUCGCCGCCCCCAGCCGCCGAGGGUGGUGAGAAUGGGUUGAAGGCCGUGCCCGUGCCCGCUCAGACUGCCGCAGACGCUUCCGCAGCGCCGACGUCAAAGCGACCGCGCACUGUGGGUGGUUUUGUCGACGAGAGCGAGGACGAGGAAGAGGAGUCCGCUGUACAGCCAGAGGCGAAUACCACGCUGCCAAGUGCGACGGGAGCUACAGAGUCUCCUCAGCGGUCUUUUACAAACACUCCAAACAAUAAUCCCAACCCACAUGUACAGUUACAUAGUGCACAAGAUGAGGCGUCUGCUUCUAUUUCUGCUUCUGUCACUGUCAAUGAGCCUGCUCCCUCUGUUGCUUCUCUUCCUAACGGCAGUACGCCUGUGCCAGACGCUACUAAGCCAGGUACUCCCGACGUCUUGACUGUUCCUUCAGCGCGCCCGUCUGUGGCUCCCGCUACCCCAGCUCCUUCUGCGUCUGCUUCUGCAACAAAGCCUCGUCUUCCUCAGGACAGAGUCGGUAUUCUCGAAGAUCGCAUUGCUGAAGAUCCACGUGGUGACAUCGAAGCCUGGCUGAGUCUAAUUGAGGAGCACCGUAGGCGACACAAGCACGACGAUGCCCGAGCUGUAUUUGAGCGUUUCCUCAAGCUUUUCCCUUCAGCGGGCGAGACAUGGGUCGACUAUAUCAACUUUGAAACCGAGCUGGAUGAGUUGCCAAAGGUUGAGCAUCUCUUCGGUCGUUCUAUCCCGUCUGCCCAAUAUCUCGGUAUCUACUCUGCUUACAUCGACUUCAUACGCCGUCGUUUCAACCUCACUACAGACCAGAAUGGGCAGAACCGCCAGACCGUCACCCAAGCCUACGAAUUUGUGCUCAACUCUGUUGGUCUUGAUGUACAUGCUGGAAAGUUGUGGCUCGACUACAUCGAGAUGCUCAAGACUGGACCGGGUGUGCUUGGGGGCAGCAGCUGGCAAGACAUGCAGAAGAUGGACACGCUACGAAAGGCUUACCAGCGCGCUGUUGCAGUACCCCACAACACGACUCUGGAGCUGUGGCGAGACUACGACAAGUUCGAGAUGAGCUUGAGCAAGGCUACUGGUCGCAAGCAACUCCAAGAGACGUCUCCUGCGUACAUGACUGCCAGAAGCGCUAUUAACGUUCUAGAAAACAACAUUACGAGGGGUAUCAACCGAACUACCUUGCCCAAACUACCGCCUGCUGCCGGGUUCGAUGGAUAUGACGACUAUAUGAACCAAGUCAAGCUAUGGAAGAACUGGAUCCAGUGGGAGAAGAGCGACCCGCUUGAGUGCUCAACAGACAACCGCGAACUAUACAACAAGCGUGUCCUACAUUUGUACAGGAACGCCCUCAUGGCUCUCCGGUUCUGGCCAGAGCUCUGGUAUGAGGCAGCUGAGUGGUGUUUCGAGAACAACUUGCAGGCUGAAGGCGACAAGUUUCUCGUUGAUGGCAUCGAUGCAAACCCCGAGAGCUGCCUCCUCGCCUUCAAAAAGGCCAACCAAGUUGAACAACGCACCGAUUUCGAGGAUGGCCAGCCAGGUAUCAUCGCCAAGGGUAAGGCCGUGCGAGAGCCAUAUCAGAGGCUGCUAGACACCAUCUACGAUCUCACGGCGCAAGUCAAGAAGCGAGAAGAACACUCCAUUGCUCGUGCGAGGGAGCAGUUUGAGGCACAAAAGGCCGCCGAUGAGGCUGCCCGGGCAACCGCCCAGCAAAACGCAGAUGCCGACGACGAAGAUGAAGUCGUAGCCGCACGCCGCCAGAAGGAAAAAGAAGAUGCUUUCAAUGGCCAGCUACAGGCCAUGUCCGCCGGAUACAAUGCUCAGACUCAGAACCUUAAGAAGACGCUGACAUACGCAUGGAUAGCCCUCAUGAGAGCUAUGCGACGUGUCCAGGGUAAGGGAGAUCCCAAGGCUGAUGUCGGUGGCUUCCGUGGCAUCUUCACUGAGGCUCGUAAGAAAGGCAAGCUUCUUAGUGAAGCCUAUGUCGCCAGCGCCCUCAUCGAGCACCAUUGCUACCAGGAGCCGGCUGCACAGAAGAUCUUUGAGCGGGGUAUGAAGUUGUUCCCAGAGGAUGAGCAGUUCGCCUUGGAGUACAUCAAGCACCUGAUCAAGCUUAACGACUCAACCAGUAAGUGCCUCCAGGUUUUGGAUGCAGACCUUCCACUAACAUGCUCAGAUGCUCGCGCCGUCUUCGAGACCGUCGUCGGCAAGCUUACAGCGAAGCCUGAAAAUGUCCACCGAGCCAAAUCCCUCUUCGCCUUCUUCCAUGACUACGAAUCCCAGUUUGGCGAGCUGGCUCAAAUCACCAAGUUGGAGCAGCGCAUGGCAACUCUAUUCCCCGAAGACCCUCAGCUGCACCGCUUCUCGCAACGCUUCGCUAGUCCAACCUUCGACCCCAUCUCCGUCCGUCACAUCAUCUCCCCCCGCACACAGAUGAGGCCGGUGAUGCCCUCUGUCAUGCCCUCUGUCAUGCCCUCUGUCAUGCCCUCAGUAGAAGAGCACCAGCCGAUGCCUGCCGUACCAGCCCAAAUUAUGGCAGAACAGCAGCAACAGCGCUAUGUUUCGCCAGGCAUAGUAAACCCCCCGCAUCUCAACAAUCUCCCCAUCACCAACUCUCCGAAACGCCCACUUGAGGACGCCGACGAAGUUGCACAACCCCGCAAACUCGCUAGGGGCGAAUCUCCACUAAAGGGCGCGGCGGGCCGCCGCCUCGACGCUGCACGCCGCAAUCUGGCAACCACCGGUGCUACACCUGUCGGCCAGGCACCAGGUCCGCCACCUCUGCCUCGUGGCGUCAACUUCCUCCUUGGCAUAAUCCCUCCCGCACAUACCUACAAAGAGACACGCUUCAAAGCAGAUGUCCUUGUGGCCCUGCUGCGGGACGUCGCCGCUAUCCCUGUUCCUCCAGGCCAAGGUCCACCACAACCACAGCGGUGGGGCACAACAGCGACGACCGCACAGCAGUUGCAGAGCAUACAUGAAAAAUACGGCAACGGCGGUCAGAUGGCAAUGCACUCGCCCCUUGCUGGUGCAAACCCUUGGGGAUAG